AUGCUCCUCCUACAAUCACUUUUACUUCCUCUGGCGGCCGUCCUGGUGGCGGGGGCCCAAGAAAAAGCCGGAGGAGCCUUCAUCAUCGAGCUGGAUGAGAAGACAACGACUCUUGAUGCAUUUACCGAGAGUGCCCGUGGUAUCAACUAUACCGUCCGCCGCACCUUCAACACGAGCGGAGUUUUUACUGGAAUAUCCGUCGAUGUAUCUGAUGGAAGUGAUUUGGAAGCUGUAAAGUCGAGCUUUUCAGCAAUUCCAGGCGUUAUUGGCAUUGCAGAUAUCGUCCAAUAUGAGCUACCACCGAUUAAAAGCAGCUCGAUAGCUUCUCCAGAAGACCUUUCAGCACUCACAAAGCGAGGAGAAUUCUCAUCGAUUGCACGUCGGGAAGAAACUACCGAAGACUUGGGAUUCACUCUCCGAAUGGGCGGUGUUGACAAAGCUCAUGCUGCGGGCUUCAAGGGAAAGGGUGUUAAGAUUGCCUUUGUUGAUACUGGCAUUUAUUAUAAGCAUCCAGCUCUCGGCGGAGGUUUCGGUCCUGGUUACAAGGUUGCCGGGGGCUACUCUUUUAUUACAGACGCGGGAGUCUUGGCUGAAAGCAGCGACCCGUACUCUGAUUGUUCCCAGUCAGAUCAUGCGACGCAUGUAGCAGGAAUCUUGGGCAUGGACCCAUUGGAACUUCCUGACGGCUUCCCCGUAACUGGCGUAGCCCCUGAAGCAUCUUUGUAUGCCUAUCGCAUCUUCGGUUGCAGUGGUACAGGAGGAGAGCGACCAGGUGGCUCGAGUGACCUUGUUUUGGCGGCAAUGCUCAAAGCCAUGGAUGACGGCGUUGAUGUUAUCAGCAUGUCUUUGUCUCUUCCUGAGGGAAUGGUUGGGUCAUUGCCAACAUAUGACCCUGUAGCAAGUGCCGCGCAACAGAUCAAAGACGCUGGCAUUGCUAUUGUUGUCGCCAUGGGAAAUGAUGCAUCCCAGUCACAGAACGCAGACAACCUCUAUCAUGAGACACUCCCCAGUGAACUAACAAGCAUUAUUUCGGUUGGCUCAGUUGCUAACUCGAACUUCCCACUCAUCUAUACAGCGGCAGAUGAAUUCGGUGCAGAGAUCCAUUAUUCAUCAAUAUAUCCUAUUUCGGCUCCUCCCGCUGGACUUGACGUGUACUUCCUAACGGGUAGCUCAUGUGGGUCGUUCGAUUGGCCUACAAUAUUUAAGGAUAUUCAGACAUCAGGGAACCUCAGCACUACCAUCAUCGCUCUAAGUGUUUCAGGCAACUGUCCGUUGACAGACAUCGUCACAAAUCCCUUUUAUAAAGACUACGAGGAUGUGUUUUACAGCAACUACGUUAAGGCUGGAGGAUAUAAGAAGUACAAGUUACUUUUUCAUAACUCGACUUACAUCAACCCUCCAAUGAGCAUGGGUGGAAUGGUGGAUGGAUAUAGCAACUGGGGACCGCUUAGGCGUACAUUUGAGCUCAAGCCACAGAUCGUGGCUCCCGGUGGCCACAUCCUUUCCACAUUCCCAGAGAGUAUUGGCAGCUACGGCGUCAUCUCUGGAACGUCUAUGGCAACACCAUAUAUCGCCGGCUGUUAUGCACUAGUCAAGGCCCAGUUCCCUCAAUUAUCUGUUGACGAGAUCUUGGUUUCUUUGCAGACUACAGCUAGACCGACUCCCUGGAUAUGGAACACAAGCAUAUUGGCAACCACCGCUCAGCAGGGAGCUGGCCUAGUCAAUGUUUACGAUGCCAUCACAUCAGCAACACAUAUUUCUCUUGGACAGCUGGCCGUUACAGACAACAACCGCACUUCGUUCGGUUUAGUCAAUUUCACUGUCCAAAAUAGUGGGGAAACCGCUCAAACAUAUAAUCUCGCCCAUCGCCCAGCAGGAUAUGUGUAUGAGAGAGUUGGCUAUCCCGAGGUGAACCAACUUCCUAGUUUUGGAACAGUAGAGUUUGCAAGCCCUACCUUCGAGCUAGGACCUGGUGAGACAAAAGAGAUCUCUCUGCGCCUGACUCCUCCAAGUCUCGCCGUCAGCAUAGCCCGGUUGCCCCUCUUCUCGGGCUAUAUUGAUAUAGUCCCAGAGAAUGGGGUGAAUGUCAGCAUUCCAUACAUUGGUCCGGCCUACUCGCCGUAUAACAUGGACUACAUAUUUUUCCUGGCAGCCACAACCACGUCCCCCGGCCUUCCCUGGCUGUCAUUCCCAGACAAAAGUGGUAACAGCAAUUACAAUGAUGGCUUUUCUGCUGUACAAUUGUCCGCGUCAUAUGCUUUUAGCCUAUCCGUCCAGGGAUGGACGACACUUUUGAGAGCUGAUAUUGUUCCAGCAAACACCACCCUUACAGCACGCGUCAACGCUGUCAACUUCACUGUCCCUGCCAAUUAUACAUACCUUCCCUCUACCAAUGAGCUUAACUCGACUCUGUUUGGCAAGCCAAGCUACGGUAGCAUCUGGAUAACUAAAGGGCUUUGGCAACCAUCGAGCAGUGUAUAUAUCCAAGGCAAGAAUUUCACGGUAACAACCGAUAGCGGUGCAAAUGUUACACUUGGCUCCGGUGACUACCGGUGGUUCUUCAGCGUGUUGAGAUGGGGUGGCGACGAGACUCAGUCCGAGGAUUAUGACACUUAUCUGGGCCCCAUUGUUCGAUUGCUUGAUUAA